GCGUUUCAAACCUGUGCUUCCCGUCUCCGGAGUCACGUGUCUGAUCAGCUGUUCUGCGGCACAUCCGCCUGACUCGCACGAGAGUGUUUACAUGCAGACAGCACGGGGCAGAAUGUGCAAACCCGCGUGAAGCAUUGCAGAUUAAAGAUUAGUGGACUGUGGUCUCCACUGUGAUCAGGCCUAUGAGGAGAACCAAGCGAGUGUGACAGACAUGCAGCAUCCAAACUUCGAAACACGACACCCGCUGCAGCAGGAAGAGCAGGAGACCGGUUACGACCCUCUACAGAACUACAACAGGAACAGAGAGCGAGGAUCACUGGAUAGUGCUUUUGAGUCCACGUUUCAGUCAUACAGAAAGGAGUGGGAUAGUUUGUUCCAGAACAGUAACUAUCUGGCGCAGAUCAGGCAGGCUGGUAUUAACGGACAGCUACGGAGCAGCCGAUUCCGCAGCGUAUGCUGGAAGCUUUAUCUGGACGUCCUGCCAGAAGAUAAGACUCGGUGGAUCAGUCGAACCAAGGAGCACAGAGCCCAGUAUGAGAAGAUCAAGGAGACGCAUAUUACAAACCCUCGCAAAGCUGCUGGCCAACAGGACCUGGUGGUGAACAACCCACUGUCACAGGAUGAAGGGAGUCUAUGGAAUAAGUUCUUUCAGGACAAGGAGCUCAGGGCCAUGAUCAAACAAGAUGUUUUACGAACGUUUCCAGAGAUGCUGUACUUCCAGGAAGAGGAUGUCAGGACAAAGCUGACUGAUAUUCUCUUCUGCUAUGCACGAGAGAACGAACAGCUACUCUAUAAGCAGGGCAUGCAUGAGUUACUGGCCCCUAUAGUGUUUGUUCUCCACGGUGAUCACCAGGCGUUUCAACAUGCCAGUGAGACGGCCAAUCCCAGUGAAGAGAUGAAAGUCCUUCUGGAUCCUAAAUUCCAUGAGCAUGACGCUUAUGCCAUGUUUUCACUGCUCAUGGAGACAGCAGAGCCCUGGUUCAGCAGUUUUGAACGGGAGGUCAGAAAGGGCAAAGAAGAGAUGUUAACCAGCAUCCCCUUCGCAAGACCACAGGACUCGGGCCCUUCUGUGGCCAUUGUGACCAAAGUCAACCGAAUUCAGGACCAGCUACUAAAGAAACAUGACAUUGAGCUGUACAUGCACCUCAACAGACUAGAAAUAGCUCCCCAGAUUUAUGGCAUUCGCUGGGUUCGACUGCUGUUUGGUCGGGAGUUUCCCCUGCAGGAUCUGUUGGUGGUCUGGGAUGCUCUUUUUGCAGACAGCAUCACUUUGGACCUGGUGGAUUACGUGUUUGUCGCUAUGCUUCUGUACAUCAGAGAUGCAUUGAUCGCUAGUAACUUCCAAACGUGUCUCGGGCUCCUGAUGCACUAUCCUCCUAUUGGAGACAUCCACUCUCUGCUGCUGAAAGCACUCUUUCUCAGAGACCCUAAGAAUAAUCCAAGACCGGUAAACUACCAGUUCCAGCAAAACCUUGAUUACUACAAAACCCGUGGGGCCGACUUGGUCAACAAGACUCGGGCCAGCACUAAAGUAGCACCUCUCAACAUUAAUAAAGUAUCCAGUUCUCUUCUUAAUUUUGGCCGGAAGCUCAUCGCGCCAAUGGGAGGUGUCUCCAGCGGCAUUUCGCCAAUUAACAGUGAGGUGAUAUCAGCUCCUCCCCCUCAAGCUCCUGUGCCACACCCAUUGGCCGAGCCUUCACCAUGCACUGCCCCCUCCAACACGCAGAUAAAAUCACAGCUAUUUCCGCAAACGCAUCAUCAGCACCGGUUGCUGAAGUCUGAAAGUAUGCCGGUGCACCUCAGCAAAGAUGUAGGUUCUUGUGGAGCUUCUCAGAUAUCUCUCCCUGCCCAGAUUCACUCUGAUACCCCAGGCCACACCUCCAGGACAGUUAGCUCCUCCCCUAGCACUGAGAGUUUGUCUGGUGGGCGGGAUCAUGCAAUGUCUUCCCCUCCUCUGUCGGUGUCCAGGGGCCGAGACUCCAGCACAUCAUCUCCUCCCCCCUCUGCCACAAAGAAAGACUCUUUCCUUAAUAUCAGUCGCUCGCGGUCCCACAGUAAAACCAUAAAUAAGAAGGAUGUGGAGGAGUUGGAGGCCCAGGUCUCAUUCUUACAGGGUCAGAUUAAUGACCUAGAGGCCAUGAGUAAAUAUUGUGCCAAGAUGAUGAACAUGCACAUAGGCAAAAUUCAAGAUGUGAUACUGCAGGAGCAUCUGGAGAAGGAAGAUGAGGUUCUAGUGUCACUUGCUGGACUAAAACAGAUUAAGGACAUCCUGAAGGGGGCUCUCCGUUUCAACCAGAGCGAGCUGGAGUUAGAGGAGAAUGAGAUCACCAUAGCAGAUGAUCACUACUGCUCUAGCCAGUAUAGCACACUAAAGGACCAGAGUGAUCCAGACAAUUUGUCUGAAGACACAGCUGGUUCUACUAUCAUACAGCAGAAGACACCAGAGCAGAGCAACCACCAGGAAGGAGACGUGGUAGCCGAGAUAGAAGAGGACGAGCAGGAGGAGGAAAAGGUCUUGACAACUGAGAACAUCGCCACAGUACCAGAGCCACAGGCCACUGAAGGGAGAAACUGGGACGACUACAUCUUGGUCUUGCAGGAUGAUGAGCCAUCUGAGAGUGAGGAGCAAAGCGUAACCACCACAGCUCCACUCUUUAAGCACGUACAAGGCUUAAACAAGGUGGAUUUUCAAGACCCUCUGAUGGGGACCACAUCGGGGUCCUCCAGUCCAGAUGACAGCAGCACUCACAGCAAGGACUCUGAUUUCACUAUUGUUAAUCCUACUGACGUUUGAACUUGGAUUCCCCCUAAAUUUGACUGGACCCAUCUUCAACACUUAAGAAACUCUGCUGGAUGUUUGCACAUAUGAACUGAUUGCCCCAUGUGCUCAAUGCCCCAUAACUGAAUUUUUCUUUUCCCCCACCCCCAAAUAUAAGACCCAAUACCAUGGAUCCUUUGCUCCGUUGCCAAAAUGUCGAAUCCAAAGCCAUAAAAAGCAGCCUCAACUCAAAUGAGAUUCUCCAGUCUGUAAUUUUCUUUGAAAAUGCCCUUACGGCUGAAAGUUUUGGACAUCACGUUUUAUGUGGAAAACCUAUAUUUGUUUUCUCCUAAAUCAAUAUCCUGUGAAAUGCAUUUAACACACUCUCUGCCUCAGAUAAAAGCUGUAUUUGCUACAGUUCUCCCUCUAUCUCGGUCUUUGUCCUUUUUUUUUUUUUGGAGUACUACUGCUAGUGUUGUAUGAUAAAGGUGGGACACGGACAGGUGCUUAAUCUAGAAGUAGAGCGCUUUAGUAUCAAUAUGCUCAUUCACUCACUCGUCUUUACUGAUUUCCCAUGAACCAGUGCCUGAACGGUUGUUCAUUUUUGUCUGUAUUUUCUUUUCUUUUUUUAGAUUUUCCUAUUUUAGUUCAUAGACCAAAACAUAGUCAUUUGUUAAAUAAUGGAUUUUUUUUCUCCAUAUUUGUCAUUAUUUUUAAGCCGAUGACAUGUGAAACUUUUAUGUUAUAGUAUUUCUCUGAUGUCAGUAGCCUCAUUUUUGUCUUGGCUCCCGUGGUAACUGUGUAUUGUCUUGCACAUGACACAAGGGAUGUUUCUAAUACUGAUAUCCUAUUAACUCUGGAUGAAUAAAAAGCAUUACUCUUGUCUAAUCCAAA